AUGUAUUGGUUAUCUCUUCUCCCAUUGUCCCUUUUUCUAGUUUCUGUUCUCUCUGCACCCACGUACUUUGAUAAGUCUGCAAGUGCUCAAAAAGCCUCGUGUCUUGGAUACAGAUGCGUGGGAUUGGUUGAAGUAACUUUAGCGCAAAUCAUGGGAGAGAACUGGGACUUGCUAUUUUUGUGUGAUGCGUUACAGACCUGCUCCAGUGAAGAAAAAUCGUGUUCCGAUCUCGAAGAAUGGCAGAUUCAAGUUGUGGAUCUAACGUGUGAUUUUAUUCUUAAAAGAGCUUCAACCUCAACAAUAAGUCCUGCGACUUCUCAACAACCUUCUCAACAAGCAACUCUUGGAACCACAUCAUCCCCUCCGAAUCCUGUACAAACGCCCACAGUUGGUUCCAUUUUGUUCUCGGAUAUAGGGGAAUCUUCAUCGAUAUCUGAAGCCGAGGCUUCUACCGAUUCAUCCACAUCAACCUUCGAACAAUUUACAGCCCCAAUGAUAGGUGGACCGAUGGAUGUGGAGCCUUCGUCUCCAGAAACACCAUCGAGCACUGAGCCAGAUGUCUCAACUUCAUCGACGUCUGCUGUACCAGAAGUCUUCACAGAUCUAGCAAUAGAACUUCCAACUUCAGCGCCAGAAGCGUCUACAGAGUCAGCUACAUCUGUGCACUCCACUUCUGAGCCAGUCUCUACCGAUUCAUCCACAUUUGAGCCACCUGAAGGAUUGCCACAUACUCUUCCAGAGACUCCUGAGACUUCAUCUCCUGAACCGGAACCCUCUACCAGUGCCAUUGAACCAACUACAUUAGAACCCUCAACUUCUGAGUCAGCUGCCCUUACCGAUUCAUCGUCAUCCACAUUUGAACCAACUGCCACAUUUACCUGGCCUCCUUCAGAGAAUCCUGGGAAUUUGUCCACGGAACCAGAAGCUUCUACAGAUACCAUUGAGCCAUCUACACUUGAACCAUCUGCCACAGAGUCAAUCACCUUGCCUACACAGACUCCAGACUCUUCGUCCACAGAACCAGAAGUUUCUACAGCUCCCACUGUACCAACUACAUUUGGUCCAUCCACCUUUGAGCCAGAAAAUCCAGCGACUCUCGAGACUUCAUCUUCUGAACCAGGACCCUCUACACAUCCCACUCAACCUACAUUUGAACCAUCUGCCACAGAGCCAUUCACCUUGCUUCCACAGACUCCUGAGACUUUGUCCACGGAACCAGAAUCCUCAACAUCUCCCACUGAACCAACUACAUUUGAACCAUCAACUUCUGGUCCAGAUGUCACAUUUGAACCAUCUACCACAGAGCCAUUUACCUGGCUUCCUCCAUGGGCUAUUGAGACUUCAUCUACUGAGCCAGGAUCAUCUACAGCUCCCACUGAACUCAAUACAUUUGAACCAUCCACCUCUGGGCCAGAAUUCACUACCGACUUUCCAACUCUUGAGACAGAUGCAACCUUUCUUCCAACAACAACUGAAACUGAGCCACCAGUAACUGAGCCAACAUUUUGGACAACUCCAACUACCCCACCUUCCACUUCAACCCCUCUCAAAGUGUUAACCUCCGUUUGUCAGAAACGUUUGCUUGAUUCCGGCUCAUUUGCUGAAGACACCAUCACCAGAGCUUUCGAAUUUUUAGAAUUAAAUGUCGAUCGACAACACCAAUGCUUGAUCAUAAACUCUGGUCUCUAUAUUCAACACGCAGUAGAUUCAGUGAGAGAAGUUUGUGGGCAAAGUGAUGCGGAAUUCGUGAGCAUUAAACUCGUAUUUGGCAGAAGCGGUCAAAUCGAAGGAAAAGUCCUCAACGCCACAUACUCUCCAUUAGGUAAUCAAUCUGCAAUUGUGUUUCUUGGUAUUCCAUAUGUCGCUCCUCCGUUAGGAAAUCUUCGAUUCCAUAAACCAAAACCACAAACUCCUUGGAAGGGGAUUCUGGAGACAAAAUCAUACCGUCCGGCUUGUAUGAGCAAUGCCACGAAAACGUACAAAAACAGUGUUGGCGGACCAAUCUCGGAAGACUGCCUCUAUGCGAACGUCUUUACAAAUGAGUACUGUUUUGAAAAGAAAAACUGUUCCGUAAUGAUUGCAAUCCAUGGUGGGGAUUUCGUAUAUGAAUCUGCUUCAGCAUUCAAUCCAGAAAUUCUCAUCAACAAUUUCGUUGGACAGAAUAGAAAUAUUGUGGUGGUCUCUCUGAACUAUCGUUUAGGAGCUUUUGGAUUCAGACAAUUGGCUGGAGAUGUCGGAGGAAGAAAUCUAGGUCUUUUUGAUAUUCUCGCUGGAGUAAAAUGGGUGAGAAGAGAAAUUCGUAGUUUUGGAGGGAACAAGGAUAGGAUCACUUUGAUGGGACAUUCGGCAGGUGCAGAGUUAUCUGCUUUGUUUUCCAUCUCACCUUUGUCGAAAGGAUUGAUUCAUCAACAAAUUGUAAUGAGUGGUCCACUGACGAAUCUCUCAAAAAAGUCAAACUACAAAGCAAUGACAAAAGUAACAAAAAUCGUUGGGUGUUUGCCUGAAGAUGUGGGAUUCGAGAAAUUGUCGAAGGUUCAGUUGAAGAAAGCAUAUUCUUGUCUCCGUUCAAAACCCGCAGAAGAAAUUUUGGAUGCUGAAAUGCUCGUUAUGAGAGACACAACCUACUAUUUUGGACCACCUAAUGUUGAUGGAGAGUUUAUAGUAGACUACCCUGACAACGUUUUUCGUGAUAAUUCAGUUUUUCCGAUCAACACUAUGAUUGGUAUCACCACAGCUGAGCUUCGGGAUAACAUAUACAUCAAUGAACCAAAAAAUGCAAAUAAUCAGGAGGAACUUUUGAAAGAUGUUUGCGAACAUAUUGGCUUUGAAAUUUACAAGGAGCCGGAAAGAUUUGUAGAUCAAUGUGUGAGAUAUUACGGAAAUGACACACAAGCCCAAUACUUGUCAGAUGAUAUGGAAUUCUAUUCGAGAGCUAUUAGCACAGCGAAUUUACCUUUGAGUGAGAACACCAAAGUGUAUUUGUACAGUUAUGCCUACAGCGGAGCCGGACGUGCAUUCAACAAGUAUCUGAAUGUUCCAUCCCCACAUCAUUCUGAAGAUUUUAUCUACGUUUUUGGAACACAUCGGGGCGUUUUUGCCCCAAAAGAUUAUAUUAUUGAGCACAUGUAUACUGGAAUGUUCGCCAAUUUUAUAAAUUUUGGAAACCCAAGAUUGUCUGAAGAUCAGCCUUGGCUACAGUAUACCAAAGAAAAACGAGAGCAUUUUGUGAUCAAUUUUGAUGCAAAUUUCACAAUACCAGGAAAGAGAGAGUAUUAUUAUACGAAUGCAAUGAACUUCUGGCACAAUGCCGGUGAGAAAACCUUCCGUGAGCACUUCUCCAAAUCACUUGACACGUUUCACAUUGUCAAUUUGAACACUCCAAUUGUUUCUCAUAUCGAUGGAAUCUCAUCAGAUGGGGAUAAGAAAUUCGAGCAGACUGAAAUUUUGUUUAAAAUGUUAUUUCUAGCGUUCAUACUUUUCCUAUCAGCUCCAGUGGUCACAAUCCCAAACAGUUGUUUUGCGCCAGAAAUCAGAAAUGAAGCUAGAAAUUGUGUGAAUACGUUGGGUCCAAUGUAUGAUAAGUUGAAGGCGGCACUUGCUGGAUCAUGGAAAUCUCCAAAUAUUUCUAAAGAUAUUAAUGAUUUUUGUAUAACGUCGGUGAACUGCUACAAAUCUCUCCAACUGUGUGCUGGAAUCGACAAAAAUCUAAUUUCCGAAAUCGAUGGAAUUUGUGAUUUGUACAAUUUCCAAUCUGGCAAAUUCAAAGAUUGCUAUCAAAAAAUGGAUAGCAAUAACUAUGAUAACUGUGUGUACAGCUUCUUCAUGAGCCCACUUUAUGUUGAUGCUCCAACGAAUCGCCAACGUUGUCAAAGUCUGAAAUCUAAUGGGAAGUGUGUAAAGAAAAAGACACAGGAUGUGUGCUCAAAAGAUUAUGCCAGCGAUUUCGAUGACCACCUCGAUGGCCAACUCAAACGAUUCAGUUGUUAA